AUGCAGAAACUUGGUUAUGGCAGCAAAGAAGAACUUUCUAAGCUUAUAAAAAUUCUUGACUAUGAAGUCAAAGACACGAAAUUCUUUGGAGGAGAUACAGUUGGAUUCGUUGAUUUUGUGUCCAUUCUUGUAAUCGUUGAUUUUGUGUCCAUUCUUGUAACAUAUUGGCUAGGAGUUAUGCAAGAAGCAUUGAAAGUUGAAGUAUUGACAAAUGAUGAAUUCCCGAAUGUAUGUGCAUGUGCUGAAGAGUUACAAAGCUAUCCAACAAGGACCAAAUUGGUAGCUUGUCCGGAGCCACCAGUUCAAAGCUGCAUCAAGGCUGAGGUACAAGAAGAGAAGUCAUAA